GGGGGGCGCGGCCCCAUCCGGGUCCCGGGGAUGCUGUCAGGGUGGGGCUGGGCCGUGGGAGACGCGGAGCCUCUGGCGGCCGCAGCGGAACCCGCCCUGCCUGCUCCCCGCUCCACGGAGCCGGUUCCGUCACCGCUCGCCAUCCCGGGCUCUCCCCCAGCACCGUCCCCCGUUGGCUCGGCAGCCGCCACAGCUCUCCGGGGCUGCGCCACACUGCUCGGUAUCGAAGGCCGCGCUGGCCCGGGUAGGCCCUGCCCCGCCGCCCCGCCCAGGCCGCGGCCUCCCAGCAGAUCUCUUGGAAGUGUAAACAAUGGAGGAUGAAGAAGCCCAAGUGCAAGGCGUGGCUGAAAAGCAGGUGCCAAACUCUGACACUGGUUAUGUGUGGCAUGUCACCGACAUGAAUCGACUGCAACGUUUCUUGUGUUUUGGUUCAGAGAGUGGUACUUAUUACACCAAGGAGCAGAAGCUGGGCUCUGAAAGUGCAGAAGCUCUAAUCAGACUGAUCGAAGAGGGUAGAGGUUGUGAAGUUGUUCAAGAAAUAAAGACAUUUAGUCAAGAAGGCAGAGCAGCAAAACAGGACCCCUUGCUUUUUGCUCUUGCAAUUUGCUCCCAGUGUUCCGAUGCAAAAACAAAACAAGCAGCAUUUAAAGCUGUUCCUGAGGUGUGUUGCAUACCAACCCAUCUCUUUACUUUCAUCCAAUUUAAAAAAGAUCUGAAGGAGGGCAUGAAAUGUGGCAUGUGGGGUCGUGCCCUGAGGAAGGCUGUUGCAGAUUGGUACAAUGGAAAGAGUGGCAUGGCUGUUGCUUUAGCAGUUACAAAAUAUAAACAAAGAAGUGGUUGGUCUCAUAAAGAUCUUCUGAGGUUGUCCCACCUAAAACCUGCCAGUGAAGGAAUUGCUGUGGUCACUAAAUAUAUUACCAAAGGGUGGAAAGAUGUUCAAGAGGCUUAUAAAGACAAAGCUGUUUCUGCCGAGACUGAAAAACUCUUGAAGUAUCUGGAGGCUGUGGAGAGAGUAAAACACACAAAAGAUGAAUUGGAAGUUACUCAUUUAAUAGAGGAAUAUGGUCUGGUUAGAGAGCAGCUCCUGACAAACCAUCUAAAAUCUAAAGAGGUUUGGAAGGCACUGCUGAAGGAGAUGCCCAUUCCUGUGUUGUUGAGAAAUUUAGGGAAGUUGACAGCAAAUUCAGUGCUUGAGCCACGAGGUUCAGAAGUGGCAAUAGUAUGUGAAAGACUGAAAAAUGAGAAACUGCUAAAAAAGGGUAGAAUACAUCCAUUCCAUAUUUUGGUUGCUUUAGAAACCUAUAAAUCUGGACAUGGUAGCAGAGGGAAACUUUGGUGGCGUCCUGAUGAAGACAUUUUAGAAGCUUUGGAUGCCUCAUUUUACAAAACUUUCAAGACAGUGGAACCAACAGGAAAACGCUUCUUGCUCGCAGUUGAUGUCAGUGCAUCAAUGACACAGAAAGUUUUGGGCAGCGUUCUCAAUGCUAGCACAGUUGCAGCAACCAUGUGUAUGGUUGUUGCCCGUACUGAGAAGGAUUCCCAUAUUGUUGCCUUUUCACAGGAAGUGGUUCCUUGUCCAGUGACAGCUGAUAUGACGUUACCUCAAGUAUUAGUGAAAAUGUAUGAAAUUCCAAUGGGUACCACUGAUUGUUCCCUUCCAAUGAUAUGGGCUCAGAAAACUCAGACAGCUGCUGAUGUCUUCAUUGUAUUCACUGAUAACGAAACCUUUGCUGGAAAUACUCAACCUGCAGUGGCUCUUAGAGAGUACAGAGAGAAAAUGGGUAUUCCUGCCAAACUGAUUGUUUGUGGAAUGACUUCCAAUGGUUUUGCAAUGGCAGAUCCAGAUGACAGAGGGAUGUUGGAUAUAUGUGGCUUUGAUGCAGGAGCUUUGGAUGUUAUCCGAAACUUCACUUUGGAUUUCAUUUAAUUUUCUAGGCAUCUGCUCUUCCCAGUGAGUCCUUCACUGGCAUCAGACUUCACCCUGGGAACUCCCAGCCAAAUAUAUGUUACUAAUAGAAUAUGGCACAUUAUAUGCAUAUCAGAAUGUUACCUUUGGAGAAGGGAAAACAAGAAAAGCAGAUGAAAAAGCUCUUCUCUGUUUUCCUGUUGCACACAAUUUAAAAUGACAGUGGGAAGUUUGCUAAAAGUAGCUACAGGGUUACACAAUAUGUAAUAUUUCAUUUAUUAUAGAUUAUAAGUACUGAGAGAUUUUUAAUUUUUUCCCCUGUUGCUGUGGAAUGCUUGUUUGUGAGACUAGGUUGAUGGGUUAUCCUUAGGAUGGGGCACGGGAAAAAAAGUGGGUUAAGUGGAUUUAAUUAUAUCAGUUUAAGAGCAACUUCAUUCAGAGGGAUUUUUUUUUUUUUUUUAGACUUUAAAAAAAAUCUUGGUAUUUUAAAUGGAUAAGUUUCAACAAUUUCCAUUGCUGGGCUUAAUAUCUGCAAAAGCAGUAUUUUCUGGCACACGUGAGACCAUGUGACUGUGAUGCAGUAUAGAAGUUACUCUGUGAAACUUUAUACUGAUAAAACUGAAAGUGGAAGAGCUCAUGCUGAUCUUUUUCUAUCUAGAUUACCACCUGAGUUUUCAGGAGUGAAGUAGAGUUCUCUUGAGAUAAAUUGAGGGGCAGUUUCUGUACAAUGCCAUUUCAGAAGCACUGUAUUACAGUUAAUAUGCUUUACAGGAAGUUCUAAAAACUGCUUUGAGUGGAAAGAUCUUGCAAAUGGCUAGGAGAUAACAUCAGUCUGUGUGAUGACUUCAGGAAGCAUCAGCACACUUUCAGUGUGGAAGAUCAACAAGUGCAUGUGUCUUGGCCUGCUCUUGAGAGCUGAGGGCUAACAACCAGAAAGAAACAGCUACAUUUAUUUCCAGAAGAAUGUAUUCAAUGAUACUGAAACAAUCUUCCUAACAGGAGAGUAUUUCUUUUUUCUAAGUCUUUUUGUAGAUUAAUGUUGCUUCUGAUUUCUUAAUUCCAGCUAACAUUUUCCAAAACUACCUCCAGUUUAUAGUGACCAAUUCUUAAAAACUUUUACAGUAUGUACAGUUUCCUCCUUCAUGUUCUCAAAAUCUUGUUUAGGUAGUGAUUUUUUUUUUUUUUUUUUUUUAAGUCUGAUAGUAAUAGUGUGGGGAAAGAUAAGAUAAGGAGAGAGAUAGUGAAUAUGUUACCUCUUCAGAACAGGAAUUGAUAGCAGUUCAUGUGUAUACGUAUUUAAUUCUGUGUGUGUGUUUAUAUUUGUGUGUAUAGGGGAGAAGUUCAAAGAUGUCUUUAGGAGAUGACAAGGUUAGAAAGGUGAGAAAGGUUCUUUAGUGAUUCUUUUACAGCUUCCCCUGAGACAUGUCAGGCUUUCUGAUAAAUAAAACAAUGAGGGAAGCCUUUUCUGGCAUUAAAAACAUGGUUUAAAGGACUGAUGGUAGGAGUGUUACCUUUCAGUGGAUGUGAAUGUAGUUCUGAAUCACUGCUCAGAGUGCCUGAAAAAUUCUGGACUGCCACCAGCUUGUUAGGUGACAUCUGGAAAAAACAAGUGUUCCUACAAAAGCUGAGACAUAGCACUUUGAGUUUGGAAAAGAAAAUUAGCCAUUUCUUAAGAAAAAUUUCUUACUCCUGGUUUCAUAAAAGAACACCAUGAAUAUAGGGAGUGAAUUCAUUUGCUAAAUACGUGUUAAUAAUUAUUUAAAGUAAAUGCACUGAUGUUUUUGGGGUUGUUUUUGGUAGUAAUGUGUUACGAAUUACACUGUAGUCAAACAUCUGAUGAGGUGUUUCCUUCUAAGCUAGAGAUGUUGAAAAUAACUGAUAGAUAAGUAUCUUUUGCAAGUACUUUUUCUUAUUCGAAGUAGUAUUUGUGAAGUAAUAGAAAAUAUUUUGGACUAAAUAUAAAAUUAAAACAGGUAUUUCAAGUAAUCAUGUGCAGUUAAUUGCACAGAUUUUCUGCAAGUAAAAUAUCAAGCUAAUAACAAAUGGAAUGAGCAGUUACAGUAGUGUUGCAUCUCUGAAAGCAGUCUAGUUUAAAAUACAGUUCCUUGAAGUAGAGUGUAAGUGAAGGUGAACUUUUCAGUAGAACUUAAAGAAAAAUGUAGCUCCCUGAACCUGUUGACUGUGCACAAUGUUUAAGAUUGUCAUCCAUGCUGGAGUACCUAAAAAGCUCCUAAAGGUUUGCUGUGUCUCUGUACUAAAGAAAUCUCAUUAGAAAUAGCAUAUUUGAAGUGGUUUGGUUAUACGGUGUAAAACUAGCACCAACAAGAUCAUGUUAUCUUUCAAGAUUUUCAGAGAGGGGAAACUGAAGUAAAUGCCAACAGCUGAAACUUUAUAGUGUUUUGACCUUUGUUUCUACUGGUUUUUGUCUUUUUUUUAUUAUCUUACAGUAAAAGGCAUAGAAUGGUGCUGCAUAUCCCUUUUCUGUAGUCUGGAUCUUGUUUAUUUGCCCACAUAGUCAGCACAGAGGACAACAAAAACUUCCCAUAACAUAAAUUUUUCCUGCUUUUAGUCUUUAGUUAUUAAACUGAUAAUUUCCAAAAUUAUAUCCUGGCAUGUAAAAAGAGGCAAUAAUUACUGUCAUGUUUAAAAAUUAAAAAAAAAAGUGAGCUUAGACAAAGUUGCCAAGUGGAAGCCUUAGUUCAGUGUGCAAUAAAUAACACACCCUGGCAUCAAAGAGAGGGCACUGGUGCUCUCAGGUUUGCAUUGGAGGAACACUUUGACAAACAGCAAAAAUGGGGCUGUAAUUGUGUAAAAGUUGAACAGAGGCAAGUUUAAAGAUAAUUAAUUGGACUCAAAACUUUCAUUUUAAAAGAAGUGUGAAUGCAGAGUGCAUUGGGUGAAUGCAGUUUUCCUGAUAGCUAACAGGAUUAGUAGGCUUUCAGUUUGGCUGCCAUUUCACUGUGACCCACUUGACAAUGCUGAAGUAUUAGACUGCUGUGUCCAAGACUAUGAUGCUCAGGCACUUGAGCAUUAAGGAAGAAAAAAAGGAUAAUAGAACGGUUGGAAGCAGAGCAGAGGUGAAACAUUCUGUAAUGAAGGGUUGGAGUGAGUGAGAACCAAAGCUCAGGUUUCUUCAUGGGAUGGACACAAUCAAGAAUAUGGAGGGGGCAGAGGGCACUUAAGAUUUCUAAACACUGUUACAUCUCUUUGCUAUGAAUGUAAAAUAUUAGGGAGGCUGUGUGGUUCUUUGCUGUUUGAUUGGGGCCCAUAGGCUGUGAAAGGCUAUUAAACAAAGUAUUCUUGGCUUAAAAAACACCCCAGCAGUAUUAGAAAUUGAAUUUAAUAAUGGCUCUGUCUAUAAAAAUACCAGGGAAAAAUAUUUGUCUCCAUUGGGAAAUGCUGUGCUGCUUCAUGACAAACCUAACUCAUAGCUACUGCACCAGCUGCAUUGGUAUUGCUUCCAUUUAUUUUGUUUCUUUUAUUACCUUUUUACUUCACCCUUCCUUUUUUCUGUUAAUACUGGCUUUUUUCUCCAUUCCCAUGUCCUUGGCCCCUCAGGCCUAUACUUGGAUCUCUUCCACAUAGAAGCUCUCAUCCAUUCCUUUUUUUGUUUUUGUCUCUGUUCUGCCUUCUUGCUGUCAUUACACAUGAUAGCUUAGCUAGAUAACAUAUCAGAAGUGAUGUGAUACUAUUUAUCCUUAUCUUUAAAAAACAGGUAAUUUUUUGCUUUCUCUGAUUAUAUUUUUCUCUUAUAAAACACUUCACUUGCAAUAUCAGGUUUUGUGGUAAAACUUUGUGUAAAGAUCAGUGACAGAAGUAUACUUUGUGUAUUUACAAAAAUCAAACAUCUGCCUGAGAAUGGCUUUACUUUUAUAAAAUAACUGCUUAAAACUGGUUUUUCCAAUGUAAAGCUUCUUUCUAGAAUUAGAUCAGUGGGCUGGAGCUUUCCAUUCUGUUAUGUAUUAUUAAGCUGCUCUUACAUGCAGAAUUAGGGAAGCAUUUAAAUUAAUAUUCUGUAUAAAUAAACAAGCAGCUUCUUUGUAGUAUUCAUUAGAGAAAAUCUUCAAAAAAUAGGAUGUAGAAGUAAACCUAAGCAAAGAAUCAUUUGUCUUUGCUUGUACUUUUAACCUCUUUGUAAGCAUUUACAGGUAUAUUUGGCCAUUUGCAGUUACUCACAGUGGACAAAUAGGCUGUAAGCACGACUUGAUUGCUGGAAUGGAGUGGUAAAGAUAUUGUCUUGCUGUGAUACAGCAGAUUGUACAACAUUGCUGAGUAAGAGUUAUGGGGGAAAAGGUAAAACAUUAGGACAAUUAAUUAGGUAGAGCUAAGAUGAGCUAAUUUCAGCAGGAGGUAUGGUGUCUUUAUUAUGUGUGCUUACAUUUGGAUUAUAAUUUUGAUACUGUCAAGUGUGGUUUAAGUAUUUCUCCAAUCUGAAUUUGAGUUUAAAUACAUGUAUUUGCAUAUAUCUAUGUGGUAUGUUGAGAAUUUUUAGAAAUGCUUCAUUGACAAAUAAUGAAUAUAAACUUGUUUACCUGAUGUUCCUGACAGCUUCUUAGAGUUAAGCACAACUAGUUGCAAAUAAAAUGUCUUUUCUAUUACAUUGUCCUAUUAAAAAGUGCAGUUCUACUCUUUAAAAAAAAUUCUGUAUAAAGAAGCAACAGAUGGAUGCAUUCUGUCUGCUCAGUUAAAUUUCUUGCUUGUUUCCAGCUUCUUACACUUCUUAGGAAGCAUAUUACUCAAGCUGGAUGUGACUUCAGUACAGGUACAGGAUCUUUUAGUGGUAAAUUUUUAAAAUUCAGGUACCAGGGCAAGCAUCACUUUAAGAGGAACAGCUCUGUCCUGGAGACAAUGCUAGGCAAAAAAUACAGAAUUUUUUUAAUUACUGUUUUUUAACCCUUCCUAUUUUUUUUUUUUUGUCUAAGAGUAGAACCACACUUUAUCAUCCAUAUCAUAAUAACAUGGCUUUUGUGCCAUCCAGUAAUGAAGGCACUGUCUUGCUGCUACUUUCUGUGAAAUGAUACAAAAUUAAUGAGAAGCUAUUUGGAUGGGGAGCCUUAAUAUGGUUAAAAAGAAACAACCCUUUGAGUGCCUUAAGACAUACCUUCUUUAGGAAAUGGGCACUCACUUGAAUCUGUAGGCAUGCAGCAUGUUUUCUCAACUGUUGGAACAGAAUAUUGCCUUAAGUGACACUGCCCUGGGAUUUCUCCAGCUUAGAACUCAAAGGGUUAUUUUAGACUACUCUUUUGGGACUUUUUUAAAAACAGGUAAGAAAAUGAAAAGUUCUUUGAAAAAUACCUUUGCAUACUCUUAUUGUUAUUUUUACAUGAUGGGUUUACCAGCUUUCAGGUGCAAAAUUAUUGUUAAUAUUCUGAGAAAACAUAACUAGCCUAAGAAUUGUACACAGAGAAAAAGAAUACUUGGUUACCACUGUAUGAGCAAAAUGAAUUGCUUUAUUAAGUAUAAAUACAGGAAAAGAUGCACAUUUGUUUUUCUCUUCAUGGGCAUGUCCUUGUAAAAAAAAAUACUAAUAAGGCAGUGAUGAAACUAGCAAAAUACAGUAAACCACAGUAAUAAAAAUAUGAUGAGGUCAGUGUGUUUAAUUAGCUCACUACACGUAUUAAAGAUGCACAGUGCAGGCAACUUUACUGAAGAUUUCUGCAAAUAAUGUGAUUUAAACUUCUUUCAGACCUGCAUCACAAAAAUGAAUAGCUCUGGGAUUCAAAUGAUACUCUUACAAUCCAAGUUAUUUGGAGUUAAGAUUAAUAUAAAAAAAUAGUUUAGGUGUCUGCAGUGCUGAAAGCAAUGGUAAUAACAGGAGUCUUAUUCAGAGAAAGGGAAUAAAAAUUCUUUUGACUUAUGUUUUUAUUGUAAACUGUGCAUCUUUAGUUGUGUAAUGGUCCCUUUUAACAACGACUGGGAUGGAAUUUUCUACUUGCAUAUGGAGUUUCUUG